AAUUGACUUAUAAAAGCAGGUGUAACAGACAGGAUAUACACACAAAAGUGUUUGCUUUAGCUUUGUGUUGUUCAGCAGGUGUAGUUUGCUAGCAGCUUGGCUAGCUUUAGACACUGCCAACACAUUAGUGGCUAUGGCGUUUGGGUUUUGCCUUAGUGUUGCCUUCCUCCUGUAUGUGUGGUCAGCUGCAAAAUGUGCAGAGAUUCCAGACGGAGUUCUUCAUAUGGAGUGUCAUGAUCGUUACCUCAUGAUAUCUGUUGAUCUCUCCUUUAUUGGGGAGGAACCUCGUUUUGAGGCUUUUGAUGGGACAGGUGUGUACGCCAUCACGAAGGAGUAUGCAGCUCAGUGUGGCUACACCGUCAGUGUCCUCCCUCUCGCGGGCCAUGUGGAGCUCCGAGCCUCUUACUUCAGCUGUCACACUGACAACAAAGAUGACGAAGUGUUCACAUUCAACUUCAACCUGGUUACGACAAAUGAAGGAAAUAAUGUCACCUAUGCUUUGCACAAGACCUGUUCUCCCUCUCUUCCCUUGUCUCCCAGAGAGGUUACCUGUGAGGUCAACUACAUGGAGGUGUCUGUGAGGCGUGAUGUCACCUGUGCAUUUGCGAUAAAGAAAGAAGACUUGAAUGCCCUACAUCCUGCCCAAAGCUUCAUUUCAGACUGGCAGGUGAUGUUUCAGAGAAAUGAGGAGCAGUUGCCACCCAUGAACCUCUCUGAAGCUCGUAAGCAGGGGUACGUGUUUGACAUGACAGAUGGGAGGCUGAUAUUUCGUGCUCCAUAUGGACAACCUGACUCAUUCAUCACUGAGGUGGAUGGUGUUCCAGUAGAGGUGGUUCAUGCAACUCUGUUCUCCAGAAAAAACUGGGUCGUCCUCAUGGUGGACUUGGAAGCUGCUUGCUCCAUGUAUGAAGGCUCUUAUGAUGAUAGUGGUUACAUGAUGUGGGAGGCUCCUGAGGUGCCGUACCCGGGUCUUGACGCCACACAACUUCACCUUGGUCUCAAUGGUGAACUUGUGGAGCAGCCAGUUGCAGAGGAGAGAGGCUACAUUGUGAAGCACAACACCACAGUUCAGAUCAGCAUCCCUAAUAAUGCUGAUGGAGGAUACAGGAAGAGCGUUGUGUCUGACGAUCUCUACGAGUUUUAUGUCUUUCAUCUCUACUUGGAACAAAUCCUGUCAGAUGAGGAUCAUGUAGAGACCAGACUUCGUUUCCACAGGACACUGGCUACUCCCCUGCUGCCACGCCCUGUUUUCACUGAAAACAGAACAGUUCCUGAGGAGCGCACGUUCACAGUCUACCUCGGAGACGUCCCUGAGGAUGUUGAGUUGGCUGCUGUUAAUUUGAAUGGACACAAAUUUUCAGUUCCACUCAUGAACACGAGCAGCCACACCAUCACAGAGGUUGUUCAUCCCAACAGCACUCAUGGCUACACUCUGCAGGUGGCUUUUGAUGACCCGAUCAUUGAAGAGCAGUUCUCUAAAGCAGAUGCAGUUCUUCAGUAUAAGCUGGACAUCAACUUCACACUGACAGUCCUGCCUGAUAAUGAGUCUUACUGCCACCACGAGUCUAUUGUGGCUUUGUUCAGCAAUGUUUCUUCUCCAGUCUUUGAUGCCGUCUGUACUGAGUCUGGCAUCAGCUUCAGACUGGACCACCGGCCUUUUGACUACCUGUGGGAGAUCACUAUCGACUCAGACCCGCUGACAUCAGAGCUGGCGGCCCAGCACGGCUACAUCAUGAGCAACGACAGCCGGAGUCUGCUGCUCGACGUGCCGCUCUUCACUCAUGGCUAUGAGUACAAGGACAUCACUUUGUAUGGCUUCUCUGGCACCUUCGAGAUCCUCAUGCGGGAUCAUGAAACAUCAGAAGUCCAGAGUUCAACUGUCAAGACUUGCCCAUUCUCCAAUGCUGAAUUCAUUAGUAAGAGAAUCCUGUUUUUUAUUUGGUGUUGUUCGACUGAUGGGAGGAUGACUGUGGUGGCUGACUUGUCUCUGGCCAUCCCAAGUGGAGGAAAUCCUGCCAGAACAAACCUAAUGGACAAAUACUGUGGACCCAAAGAGUCAGAUGACACCAGGGCACUCUUCUCUUUUCCACUCAACAGCUGUGGAUCCACAGUCAAGCUUGGCAAGGAGUAUGUGACCUAUGAAAAUGAGCUUUUCUUCAGCAAGAAGUUGCGUGCUCUGAAAAAUCCAGCAGGCCCCAGCAGUGUUAUUGAGAGGGUGACGAUUCAAUGCACCUAUCCGCUGGCUGGACUGUUUCGCCUCUUCUCAGUCUACAGGUUUGAGUCUGACAGUGUUGGUGUCGGCCGCAUCGUGCAUUCUGCACACUCCACUGAAGGUCUACAGGGUCCCACUAUCAGUCCCACUAUAAUGCUUCAGACUCCAGUGUCUACUACCAGACGCAGCAAAAGACCUGUCUCAAUACGACCGGGUUUCCAGCCUCAGUACAUUAAAGUAUCCAGCUUUCUGAAAAAUCUUCCUAAGAAAGGAGCCAAAGGACCCUCACAAACCAAAGUGCAAUCCACCUUGUUUUGAAGGACUAACUGUAUUUUAAUUGCAAAUUUCAUUGUCACUAAAAAAUCAAUAAAUUUGUCUUUAAAAAAAAAAAAAAAAAAAA